AUGUCUGACUUUUAUGAGAAUACGGCUGAUGAUCAUUUGUAAAGGAAUGCUACCGAAAACAGAACAUUUGAUUUUCUGUACAUCUUUAUAGGAGACAUACACAAUCAUAAAUUGCUUGAGGAUCCAGAAUACAUUUAGAACCAAAUCUAGCAUAUGAAUCCUGAAUAUUGGAAAAUCAAAUACACACCAGUUUUGAAGAAGAUCAGCGAAUGCAUCGACGAAGAUUUGGAGGAUUUCAUUAAGCAAGAGGAUACUCAAAAGAAAUAGGAACAAUAAUAAUCAAUAUACGAAUCAAUUUGCUAAUAUGCGGUAGAUCUAUUAAAAAGUGUGAAUGUGGCUACGCUGUAUUACUAUUCUGUCAUCUAUUCAUUUCAGAAGUUUGUGAACCGUUUGGAUGGAGUUGAAGAUCUGCAGAGAAUAUUGUAUUUAACUUAGAAUCAUAUUAAGGAGAGGAAGUACAAGUAACAUGUGAGAGACUUUUUGAGAGGACGUUCAAAUUUCAUAAGGGAGAUGCGAAAUAAGUCUUUAGUUGAUAAGGGAGAAAGAGAGUUGAUUAAAAUAAUUUUAAAUUUCUGA